AUGAAACUCGAACUGCCGGCUAAAGCUAAAAACUACUUGACAAUCUUAUGGGCAGUCCUUCAGGCAUUCUUAGCCUUAAGCCUGAUCGCCUUAGUACUCUUCCACACCCAAACUACAAAAAACCAUCAAAAACAACAACUACAACGAAACAGCUCACGCAACGCCACGAACAGCAACAACAACAACGAUAACCUCGACGAUGACGUCACGGUCGACUCAAAUGACGCUUACUACGACGAUGACGAUUACGGAGGAAUGGUGAACGAUGAGGUGAUGAGGAGGAGGAAGAGAAGGAGGAAGAGAACGAUGGAAGUGAGGAAAAACUUAUUCCAGAGAAAUGACGUCAUUCACGAUGUGCUUGAAAGUAAUGAGCGGAAAUUGUCGAAAGAUGUAGACGGGGUUUCAGAGGAUGACGUCACGCUGCGCGCCGCCCUCGAAUACGACCGGAACUACGGUAGUAAAAAGCCUGCGCUAAAUAAAACAAUUUUAAAAAAUAGGAACAAUAAUAAUAAUAACCAUAACCGUCAUCGUCAUCUUAUUAAUCAUUUGCAUAGCAGCGAUUUUUAUGAUCCUGGCGGAAAAAUCGACAGACAGAAGCGGGACUUGGUUGCUAGUAUUAAUAAUAAUAAUAAUAAUAAUAAUAAUAAUAAUAACAAUAAUAACAAUAAUAAUAAGGAUGAGGAUAGAUAUCGGAAGAAUAUUGAUAACGAUAAUGACUGUGAAACUACUUAUAGCAUAGAAACGAAUGUUGAUGGAGUGAGAAGAGACAACAACAAUUACAACAACAAAUACAACAUUAAAACGGUAAGCAACAAUUACUACUACGACUAUUACAACAACAACAACAACAUCAACAAAAACAGCAAUUACAACAACAUCAACAUCAACAACAACAACAUUAAUACAGACAACAACAACAUUUAUAAAAACGACAACUACAACAAUAAUAACAACAAAAUCAACAACAACAUCAGCAACAACAUUAACAACAACAUCAACAACAUCAACGACAACAUUAACAACAACAUCAACAACAACAACAUCAACAACAUGGACAGCCCACAGCCUUUGCCUCAAUUGUCUACCACAACUACACAACCAUUUUUAUUCCAACCACAAUCACCACCACCAUCACCAUCUUUACCUCCUGAAGUCACAGCGUUUUCCCCAUUCCCUACUUCACCAACAUUUCACUCCACCAUGUUUUCCCCAAUAACAACAACAACCAUCUCCCAAAUUUUUUUUACAAAAAAUUCACCGCAAAAUUCUGAGGUUUCAAAAGCACCUCAAAGCGUCACAUUGAAGCCACUGAAUCGAAAAAGAAGAAAACGUCAAAUUACAGAGGAGACCAAAGAAAAAAGAACUUCCAAGUUCGAUCCAAAACAAUUUCCUUGGCCGAAGGAAAGAUUCACUGGAGACAAGAUGAGAGAAAGAAAAGCGAGAUUGAAAGCCAAUGAGCCAAAGGAAAGAACACUGAUGGAGAAGGCAGAAGCUCACGGCCACGAUGUUGAAGAUAUGACGAAAGAAAAAUCUCCAACUGAGGUACUCGAGGGGUUGUCCCAGCUUCCUGGUUAG